AUGACUCUUGGAAGCGCCAAUUUGCCAUUUAAAAUUCUCAAGCUGCGAUCUGUUGGUGCUCCUGCGUUUUCUUUUGAGAGUUCGUUCUUGAUCCUUUCAUUGUUUGAGUCGCGGAUGAAGCUUUUAGUUUUGCGUAAUAGACUAUCCCGGCAAAAGAAUACCAGAUAAACUCGGAAGGUCUAACGGGUGAGCUGAAACUCCUGUAUUUGAUCCUAAAUACUGGAGAAUCGACUGAAAUCUCUGGAUGAUGGCCUGUUCAGAACCUCUAGAUUCUGGAGGGUCUAUCCUAGUAAAUUCCGGUGGCUUAAGGAAGCCUCGGAUUCUUCUUGCUGCAAGUGGAAGUGUUGCUGCUAUAAAGUUUGCAAACCUCUCUCACUGCUUUUCGGAAUGGGCAGAAGUAAUAGGAGUUGCCACGAGAGCAUCUUUGCGUUUCAUUGAUAGAACAGCAAUUCCCAAGGAUGUGAUCUUAUAUACUGAUGACGACGAAUGGCAUAGUUGGAAUAAACUGGGGGACCGUGUGCUUCACAUUGAGCUUUGUCGAUGGGCUGAUAUCAUGGUCAUUGCUCCUUUAUCAGCAAAUACGCUAGGCAAGAUUGCUGGAGGAUUGUGCGACAAUCUACUGACAUGUGUUGUUAGAGCAUGGGACUACAGCAAGCCCCUCUUUGUUGCACCAGCCAUGAACACUUUAAUGUGGACUAAUCCUUUCACUGAGCGGCAUCUCAUGGCCGUUGAUGAGCUUGGCAUUAAUCUCAUUCCACCUGUUCCUAAGAGGUUGGCUUGUGGGACUUACGGGAAUGGUGCAAUGGCUGAAACUUCUACCAUCUUUUCAACUGUGAGACUCUUCUUUGAGAAAAAGUCUGAGCAAGGUGUCUAUUACAGGAAUAAGUAAUGGUGCAGUUCGGUGGUGUCUGCCACAGUGUUGCUACCUGAUUGUAAACCUUUUCAAUCACCGUUGUAGGCGUUUACACACCUCAUACACCAGUUUGGAGUUCAUAUCAUGUAUCAACAAAUCACCAUUUUACAAAAAUCUUAGCAAACAUGUAUGUAGAUUGACCUCAAAUUAGUUGACAAUCAUGCGGAUGAUCAUAAAAUGGAAAAGGGUAUGGAUUACUUGACGGAAUUGCGGAUGAUCAUAGAAGUGAUAGGGUAUGGAUUUUCUGAAGUUGUCGGUUAUGAAAUACCACAUGGCAGAUGGUCGUUGGAAGCCGAUUAAUUCGUCAAUU